CCUUUCGACUUUUAUACUCCGUAUCGUCCACACUUUUUCACUUCCCUGUCUAAUACAAAAAGAUAUACCGGUCGCUUACCCACUAGUGUGCGAACCGACGAAUAGGUCAUCACCCCGAACUUUCAUCGGCACUCCAUAAGCCCCUUUCGAAGCAAGUCAAUGCAUACAGGUGGCGGCUUACGGGUCGUGGUGGCGUCGAAACCAACAUCUGUUUGAAACAGUACUAUUUGUAAAUCUCAGCCAGGUCACAUCACCACGAUGGACGGGUUGGAGAACAAGAACACCAAGACAGACAAACAAGACUGGAGAAAAAAGCCUCGCAAGUUCGCUCCAAAGUCAAGACUAGGCUGUAAGACUUGCAAGAUAAGACGAAUUAAAUGCGAUCUAUCGCGUCCUACAUGCUUGAAAUGCCAUUCUACCGGUCGCACCUGCGAUGGCUAUAAUGAAAUGCCUUUCGCCUCCAUGACUAAGAAGACUGAGAUCGAACCAGCUCAUUAUCGUAAGGAGAUCGUUGACAGAACAGAUCGCGGCGACAGGUACCACGCCUGUAGCACGGUCGAUGCAUACGAGUUCAAGCAAUGGCACUCGACAUCCCAUGGCCACAUGAUGCAGAAUCUCGGAUCCCUUAUGAUCUUACCAGUGGCUGGGUCGACCGAGGCAGAGGCAAUGUGCUUUUUCGAGGAUAUUGCGAUCAAGCGUCUGAAUCCAUACCGCCCAUGCGUAGCCUGGCGGAAGACUCUCAUGUUCUUCUCCCAGACAAUGCCAUCGGUACGGCAUGCCGCUAUCGCUCUGGCCUCGAUCCACCGAAACUAUCUGGAUCGUCAUUCCCACAACCGGGUGUAUCAACCGGCUUUCUCGAAAGACCAGCUACAGGACCCAGCUCCUUUGCUGCACUAUAACCGCGCCAUUCAACUCCUGCUGAACCCGACAAGUGGUGACAGCGCCGAGACAACAGCUGUCACACUGUUAGUCUGCUAUCUCUUCACCUGCAUCGAUCAUCUGGCAGGCGACAACGUCCAAGCAGUGAAGCACCUGCGCGGCGGCGUGGCGCUCUCCCGCAACAUCGACAACGCUACAUUCCACAACUGCAACACCAACGAUACCCUAUCUUCAGGGGCUGACGCUGUCAUCCGCCAGGUCACACACCAAAUCCGCCGACUGGACAUGCAGGCCGUCAUGUUCCUAGUUGACUGGACCCCAGCCAACAUGCAAGACGCAUUCACAUCCCACCUCGCACUCUCGGACCGUAGCACCUUCCGGUCCCUCGACCAAGCCGCCGACCACCUCCAGAUUCUCGUCGCCCAGGUCAUGCGGCUCCGCAACACAGGUCAGCAGAUGUCUCCGACGGGUACAAUGCCGCCGCUACCUCCUUCUCUCAAGGACUCUGUCCUCCGGCAGCUGGGAACAUGGAUGAGGCUCUUCGAAAGGUUCCUACUGCACCAAGGCAUCCCUCGCAAGUCAGAUGCGGAGACUACUCCUCUCGUACCCCUCCUGCGCUUACAACAUACUAUCGCAUGGAUCCUCCUCAACGGGUACGGCCCCGGCAAAGAAAUGGACUACGACAAAUACCUGGCCAAGUUCCAGGACUGCGUCGCUUUGGCGCGCGAGGUCGCGGCGGCGGAUCAGCGGGAUCCGGGGGCGGAGAGGUCGACCUUCACGCCGGAGAUUGGGCUUAUCCCUGUGCUGUACAUCAUCGGGGUCAAGUGCCGGCAUCCUGUUGUCCGUCGUCAGGUCUUGGGGAUCUUGCGACGGCAGCGGAUACGGGAGGCGGCGUGGGAUAGCAUCAUUACUGCUAGGGUGGUGGAGCGGGUGAUCGAAAUCGAGGAGGGUACGGUUGGGGAAAGGCAGAUGGUACAGUGCAUGGGACAGAUUCCGAUGGGGCAGAG